CGUCAUUCUCUCACCAAAUUAGCGCUGUUGUCCACCACAUACUCCGUACCUACGCCCACGCCUAUGCCUACCACCCUACAGUACACCACAGUCGCAUUUCUCUACCAACCCACGCUCGCGGCUGUUGUCUCUCACAUUUCCUCGUGCGACUCGGGACGAGCCAUGCCGAUAGGCACCCUCCGAAUCUGCCAUGUAUGAUCCGUACGGCUUUCGCAGGGAGACUCCUUCAGCACAACAUCAGCACCAACAACAGGCUAGCAGCGGAGGCAGCAGCAGCAGCAGCUUCAUCCCCAAUGCUGCACCUCUGACAUCUCAUCACCCCCACCACCCACAGCUCCAGCAGCACGUCCAGCAUCCUCACCAACCCCUCCAGCAACCAGGUCAACAGGCGCAGGCGCAAGCUCAAGCGCAAGCUCAAGCGCAAGCUCAAGCGCAAGCUCAAGCGCAGCACAUGAUGUAUAGCACGCCCUCUUAUGGCGGUCCUGGUCCUCAGAGCUCCCACGCCCCUCCUCAUGCCCCCUCACCGGGCCCUCAUCAGUCCCCCUAUGCCGCCUCAGGUCCCUCGAGCAUGGGGGGUCAGACUGCAGGCGGUGGAAUGGGGAUGGGGAUGAUGCAGAAUAACGGUAUGGCGCAUACGGCUCCGGUCCACGGUAUGUAACACACCUUACUGAACGGUUGCGCGCAAGAGUUUACCUGCCAACUGCUACCUCUGCCCUAUGCCAAUCUGAAGUCGGAGAAUUAAGCGUUGCGCUCUUCCUCCGUUGUCCUCCUCUUCCCCUCCUCGGCUCGAUCGAGGAACACCAGCGCGAUACCCGGUGCUACCGCAUCGAAGCAGGCAAGAGCCCGCUAGCAAGAAGUGCCUAGAGGCUCUCCGAAGACAGCAGCAUGUUGAGCUUUCCCUCACGUUCAUCUACACUUGCCGACGGCCGCCUGUUGGAGCUUUACGUGCCUAUCGAGCAAGCAAACAAGUGCUGACAUGUAUUCUCAGCAGUACCAACGGCUUAUCAAACACCAUAUUCCAGCUCCCCCUACGGAGCAAGCAUAUCAACCUCUUCCCCAUCCAAUACCCUUCCAGGCUUCAUGCCACCAACCUCCAACGCACCAUCCUUUCCAAUGAACCAUUCGAAUAUGAAUACGAAUAUGAAUAUGAACAUGAAUGCCCAACAGCAGCAACACCAACCUCAGCGCAUGCAACCUCCCCAAAACACGCCCACUCCAACGCCAGGAGCUAAUUCGAGAGGCUCACCAUUCGCUCCCAUGUCACAAAACUCACCUCCUAAUCCUAGUUCGACACCCUCCCAUAUAUCCACACCUCAAAAUUCGAAUGCUACAAACCAAAAGCCCAAUAAUAAUCCGCAAUCGCAUGGUGGGCCACAGGCUUCAACAAUAUUGACACCACAAACCCCAAGCUUUCCACCAGGAUCGCAAAAUGCCGGAAACACUCUGGCUUCUCCUCUAAGUCCCGGAUCAGAAGUUCGGGAGAAAGACCGGGUUGCAAUAUUACUGGAGAUAAAUCGGGAACUUCUGAUGGAGUGUAUGCACAUACAGGGAUUACAAGCGGACAUGAAAAAAGAGGAGCAAAAGGAUAGUAAUGGUUCUGCGGAUCCUUCGAAUUCGGCUGGGCCCGAUAAGGAAAAGAACGAGAAAUUGAAGGCUUCGGUCACCAGGGAAUAUGUGGAGUGAGAGGUCCAGAACCGUAUUGAUUUAACUUGCAAACUAACAGAACUCAGAUGUAUGCGACGGCUUCAAGCAAACCUGGCGUAUCUUGCCGCAAUCGCAGAUCGAUCACACAAACCCUCUUCACAGAUACCUGCCCAUCCCGCAAUAAUGACGGCUCCAUCAAUCACACCCAAAGCAACAAGUUCCACUUCAUCUGGCGCUGCUGAUACUGAAACAAAAAAAGAAGACCUCGAGGAGAGUAAAUCGAAGGAAUCCGCAAAUGAGAGGAUCGAUCUUCUGAAGGAUCAGUAUAAGCAGUUACAAGGACUAUUCCCAGGUGUGGAUCCAAAGAAGGAACCCUCGAUGCAACCACCAAAUCCAGCUGCUAGAGCACAGCAAGCUGCUCAACAACAACAGCAGCAAGCGUUACAACAAGCGCAGAAGCAGCAAGGUCAACAGCAGGGCCAGCAGCAGGCCCAGGGUCAAACCUCUGAUUUCGCUGCACAACAGAGGAUGCAGAAUGAGAUGUUGAGGCAGAAAAUGAUGCAGGCGCAACAUAAUCAACAACAACAAAUGGCCCAAGCUCAAGCCCAGGCCCAGGCGCAAGGCAUGCAAGGCAUGAAUUCACAGCCACCUCGAUGAGGUCAUCGCAUGGCGUUGGUGGGGUUCUUUGGUAUCGAGACUGGAAAAAAUAUGUCUCUUUUGGCUUGGUGUAUGGUUUGAAUAUCCCCCUACCUGGAUAAAAAGUAGACCGGAAUUAUUGUACUUAAAAGAUAUUGAAAUGAAAAUUAUGUAUCAAGUUCCAAGGAGGUUAUAGUUCUGAUCCUUUGGGAUAAUUGGAGGGAUGGGC